UCAUUUACCUGUCACUUCCUAAAGAGGACAUAGUUUAUAAAUAUCAUCCAGUGGAGCUGAAGGUUGGGGGCUACAAAAGGCCACCCACAAUCUCGCCUAUUGUUCACUGGCAUCAUUGUUGGUCUGACCUCCCAGCUGCUCAGCCAUGGCCCCCAAGAAAGCCAAGAAGAGGACAGCAGAGGGAGCCAACUCCAAUGUGUUCUCCAUGUUUGAGCAGGCCCAGAUCCAAGAAUUCAAAGAGGCCUUCACCAUCAUGGACCAGAACAGAGAUGGCUUCAUCGACAAGAAUGACCUGAGAGACACUUUCGCUGCUCUAGGUGUGCUGUCAUCACCUUGUGUAUCAGCCAUAUUCACUCUAAAUGACAUGCAGCAACUUUCAAUAUACUCAUGUCACAUGUCCAUGUUGAACGAUUGGUGCCCCAUAGGACGCCUCAACGUGAAACAGGAGGAGAUCGAUGAGAUGCUCAAAGAGGCUCCCGGCCCGAUCAACUUCACCGUCUUCCUCACCAUGUUCGGUGAGAAGCUGAAAGGUGCUGAUCCGGAGGAGACCAUCCUCAACGCAUUUAAAGUCUUUGACCCCGAGGGGAAAGGUGUGCUGAGGAAGGAUUAUGUGACACAGAUGCUAACGACACAAGCCGACCGAUUCUCAGCUGAAGAGAUGGAGCAGAUGUUCGCUGCCUUCCCCCCAGAUGUGGCAGGAAACCUGGACUACAAGAACCUGGUUCACAUCAUCACCCACGGAGAGGAAAAGGACCAGGAGUAAAUCUUUUUGCCCACCUAUCCAAAUAGAGAGUCAUUGAAACUGACCAGCUGCCCUUGAAGGAAAUAUGGACUGUCGUUUAUUUACUCAACUCUUAUGUUGGCUGCAUUGUUUCUGUACAGUACUCACUUGAGAGCACAAGAGGAUCGAGAUGAGAUUUUUUUUGUCUCCCAGGCCCUACCAAAAAAUGGACUAUUGACAGUAUCAAGCAUUAAGCUUUCUGCUUUAUCCACUGUAUGUUCCCAUAUUCACCUGAGACUAAUUAAAUUUUUUUUCCUCAUCAUUUUGUACAGACUCAAACCACUUGCCUAUUGUUUUUUAAAAAAUAGAAAAUAUCCAUUUAUUGGGUCUGUGCAGGUUCGUCUAAUAAAAGUUUUCAAAGACA